CAGGAAGAGAGAGAGAAUGGAUCACUUUAUGGAGCAAGCUCUGGAGCAGGCACGCAAAGCGGAACAACUGAAGGAAGUCCCGGUGGGAUGUGUGUUCGUCUAUCGGCAUCAAGUAAUCGCCAACGGGUGUAAUCUGGUGAAUGAAACGAAGAAUGCCACCCGCCAUGUUGAGUUCAUCUGCAUCGAUCAGGUUUUGGACUAUUGCAAAACCCAGGACCUGAAGUAUGAGGACGUAUUCCGGGAGGUGACAGUGGUGGUAACGGUUGAACCAUGUAUAAUGUGUGCGGCCGCUUUGAUCCAGUUGAAUGUGAAAGAGAUUAUCUACGGAUGCAAGAAUGACCGGUUCGGUGGCUGCACCGUGCUAGAUGUUCCGGGGCUGCUCAAAACUAACAUUCCCAUUCGCGGUGGAGUACGGGCGGAAGAAGCGAUGGACUUGCUGAAAGAAUUCUACAAAGGGGAAAAUCCCUCUGCUCCCGUUCCUAAGGUAAAAUCUCAGAAAUAAGUUUCAUUGAUCGGUAUUUUG